AAUCAUCAUUUUCUUUCUUCAAAGAGCCAAAACCUCCCUAGUCUUUAAUCUGUACAAGUCACAAGUAUGUUUCUCUCCAGAUCAAUCCCUCUCCUCCUCUCCUUCUUCCUUCUUCUCGACACGAGCUUCGGCGCCAAUCCGCUUAAACAUAUUUGCUUCCGCAGAGAUAACUACACUUCCGGUAGUCCUUUCAAAACCAAUCUCGACAGCUUGCUCACUACUCUCGUUUCCAAGGUUCCUCCCAGUGGGUUUGGAACCGGCUCAAGCGGCGAGGGGAACGAUCAAGUGUACGGGCUAGCCCUUUGCCGGGGUGACGUAUCGAGCUCUGACUGCGAAAGUUGCGUCUCCGAUGCAGGCCCAGAGCUUUUGCAGCGUUGCCCUGAGCAGAAGGUCGCUAUUAUUUGGUAUGAUAAUUGUCUCCUCAAGUAUUCCAAAAUGGAAUUCUUCGGCAAGAUCGACACCACGAACAAGUUCCACUGGUGCAACGUGCACGACGUCGACAUGGACUUCAUGGAAUUCAACAGGAAGAUCAAGCAACUGCUGAGCAACUUGACAGACGAAGCCGUGGCAGGUCCCAAAUUGUAUGCAUAUGGCGAACUCGGGCUCGGAGGGAACAAGACACUGUUUGGCUUGGCUCAGUGCACAAGGGAUCUAUCCGCAUAUGACUGCAAGACGUGCCUCAAGGGCGCGAUAUUUGACCUGCGCUUUUGCUAUGGCAAACGAGGGUGGAGAACCGUUGGGGGGAGUUGCAACGUUAGAUCUGAGCUUUACCCUUUCGUUGAUGUUUGAGAUUGUUUGAAACUCAAUGAUCUUCGCAAAUGGAUGCAACAGGCAUGUAUGAUGCAUCAAAGUUUGAAGAAAUUAAAUCCAAUAAUUGAUGAAUCUCACGAGGAUGUUUAGUUUUUCA